UGCUAUUAGAAGGGUGGGCUUGACCUGGAGGAUUUAAAGCUUGGUUGGAGCAGGAGGAGAGGGACUAGUUUUUCUGUGCCUCUGACACACUCGGCCUACCCCCUGGCUAAGGGUGUGAUCCUUCCCUCAGGUACAAGUCCCCUUCUUCCCACCGGUCAAGGAUUUUGGUGUUAAAGGAUUCUUGUUCCCCAGGAGCCACGGGUCUCUUUUUGCCUGAGAGAAGGCACCCUGAAUGGCCGCAGUCACAUUUUACAAUAUUCACAUUGAUUAUGACACCCUUAAAGAGGGUAAAGCCUCUCCACAUGUGUUUGUAAGUACCGGCUGCCACUUAGAGUUUUCCGUUUUGUUCCAGAUCCGCCUGAACAGAGUAUCAAAAGGAACCCGAAGAGCCUACAAAAAGAGUUAGAGGCAAAAAUUUGAAAAAACACAUAUACAUGCUCAUACACACAUUUGUGUGGAUUUCUCACAGUGCUGACCUACAGAGUUAACUGGGCUGAUUCUCACCCUGUCACCAGAAAGUGGACUAUCUGGGUCUUCAUGAAGGAUGCCGAGAUUCUGAAACCAGGUCUACUGGAGCCUGGGGCUGCCCCAGCUCUCUCAGGAUUUGGCAGACAUUGGAGGUGGCAGUGAAGGAGACAGUGGUGGUCAAUGUUAUUUGAGCAGGGUCAGCAGGCCCUGGAGCUUCCUGAGUGCACGAUGCAGAAGGCUGCUUACUAUGAAAACCCAGGACUUUUUGGAGGCUAUGGCUACAGCAAAGCCACUGACACUUAUGGCUACAGUGCUCCUCACCAGCCUUAUCCACCCCCUGCUGCUGCCAACUCCCUGGACACUGAUUACCCAGGUUCUGCCUGCUCUAUCCAGAGCUCUGCACCUCUGCGAGCACCAUCCCACAAAGGGGCUGAACUCAAUGGCAGCUGCAUGAGGCCUGGCACUGGCAACAGCCAAGGUGGGGGUGGUGGCAGUCAGCCUCCUGGUCUGAACUCAGAGCAGCAGCCACCACAGCCCCCUCCUCCACCACCAACCCUGCCCCCAUCCUCACCCACCAAUCCCGGAGGUGGAGUGCCUGCCAAGAAGGCCAAGGGUGGUCCCAAUGCUUCUGGCUCUUCAGCCACCAUCAGCAAGCAGAUCUUCCCCUGGAUGAAAGAGUCCCGGCAGAACUCCAAGCAGAAGAACAGCUGUGCCACUGCAGGAGAGAGCUGCGAGGACAAGAGCCCGCCGGGCCCAGCGUCCAAGCGGGUGCGCACGGCGUACACGAGUGCACAGCUGGUGGAGUUGGAAAAGGAAUUCCACUUCAACCGCUACUUGUGCCGGCCACGCCGCGUGGAGAUGGCCAACCUGCUGAACCUCACCGAGCGCCAGAUCAAGAUCUGGUUCCAGAACCGGCGCAUGAAGUACAAGAAGGACCAGAAGGCCAAGGGCAUCCUGCACUCUCCAGCCGGUCAGUCGCCGGAGCGCAGCCCGCCGCUCGGCGGCUCUGCCGGCCACGUGGCCUACUCCGGUCAGCUGCCGCCGGUGCCGGGCCUAGCCUACGAUGCGCCCUCGCCUCCCGCGUUCGCGAAAUCUCAGCCCAACAUGUACGGCCUGACCGCCUACACGGCGCCGCUCAGCAGCUGCCUGCCACAGCAGAAGCGUUACGCGGCACCCGAGUUCGAGCCCCACCCCAUGGCGAGCAACGGCGGCGGCUUCGCCAGCGCCAACCUGCAGGGCAGCCCGGUGUACGUGGGUGGUAACUUCGUCGACUCCAUGGCGCCCGCGUCCGGGCCGGUCUUCAACCUGGGCCACCUCUCGCACCCGUCUUCGGCCAGCGUGGACUACAGUUGCGCCGCGCAGAUUCCCGGCAACCACCACCAUGGACCGUGCGACCCUCAUCCCACUUACACAGAUCUCUCGGCCCACCACUCGUCUCAGGGACGCCUGCCCGAGGCCCCCAAACUGACGCAUCUGUAGCGGCCGCCAACGGCCCGAAGUAGUGGCCCAAUUACCUCUUUUGCUUUGGUGGCGGGGGUGGCGGGCGGGGCCCGCAGGGCAGCGGGUGACUCCUCCCUCACCCUAGCAAGGGUCGCAGCCUCCCUGGUUUCGGGCCAACAGCGGCCGAGGCACGGGAGACUGGGCCUCCCCUCCUGGCGCGUCCUCCUUUGGGUGACUUGCCAUAAAUCAGCCGCAAGGAUUGUCCUCUGUAAGCCCGACAGUGCCAUGUACAGCGGACCGAGGGACUCUAAUCUGGUAAUGGUGUCCCGAAGGUAAGUCUGAGAGCCAUCGGCAGCGGGCUCUGCAGGGGGACCGGAGCCUGGAGAGCUCCGGGCCUGGCCUGGGUCUAGCCUAGUUGCGGACACCUUAAUUUAUAUGCUCCUUCCCGUCCCGUAAGGAUUGCAUCGGACUCAACAAUCUGUAUUUAUUAUUUGAAGCGAGUCAUUUCGUUUCUCUGAUUAUUUAUCCUCGUCUUAAUGUAUUUAUGUGUAUAUUUGUAGAAUUCUCCAGCCAGCUUCGGAACGCGCUCCCAGGCCCUGGGGUCCACAUUUCACCUCUUUAGUCCCCCUUGGUCUGAAUUAGUUAAGAGAGUAGUUUUUGAACAGUUGUAACCGUGGCUGGUGUUUGUAGUUGAUGUAAAGGAUCAAGACCGCAAAAUGUCCUUCAUGGGUAGACACACCCGUUACUCAUUUCUCAACAGCCGCAGCCCUCCAACUCGACACAGUUUAUUGAUUUCAAAUUGUCUGGUACUAUUUGAACAAAUAUUUAGAAUAAAAAAAUUCUCAGUCGGAAGAGUAUCUGUGUUAAUCACACACACCUGCAAAUAGAUCACUGCCUUUAUCUUUCCCACAAUCCCUGUGGAAGGCCCCCAAAUAGGCUGACACACUGAAAUCAUUUUUUUCAUGCAUUUCGAAUCUAGUACAUACAUUGGUUCUAGGGAUACUUGAUUACAUCCAAGCUAUUGACAUUAAGGGGAAAAAAUCUGAGGAUGCAAACCUAGAAAUGUUGGAGGGAAUGAUUUGGGUAGGGCUUUGUACUGAGCCUGCCUUGCUGUUUCUACCCCCGCCCCCUUUCUAGAUACAAAUCCACAGUUUUACAUUGCGUUCGCACUGGGGAGGCCCGAGCUCACUUUUCUGUGUUAAGUAAUAAAAAUCUUUAAAAAACUGACAAUCAAAAAAAAAAUCGAGACAGAAGCAAAGUUGUAAGAAUUGAACUAUGAAAAAGCUAAGGUGCAAAAAAA